GGCACAAGAACCGCUUCACAGCUAACAGAUGUAGGGAUCAUAAUACUCGCAGGGAAAAUAUACGACUGGGUAACUGAAGUCGGUGAGCUAUCGCUUGCUUUGUUAACUACUUGGCGAUCAAGAACUUGGCGUUCAAGUAAGGCACUAAUCGAUAGAACAUGGCUCAAAGGCAAAGAGAUAGAUCCCCACAUCCCCCACCACCUGAUAGAGAGCGUCGAAGAGGGGAAGUCCGAUCCCCUGUCUUGGUAGAAUUGGAUGAAGCCCUACUUGUACCUGGGAGCAUCAUACAAAUUCCUGGAAAUUUAAUACAAGCAGACGCACCUGCAGAUCUUCGAAGAGUGGAGGUGCAUCCUCCUGUCUAUGUAGAUGUGGACGAUGAUUCUUUCGGACCGGAUAGCGUGCUGCAAAUUCCUACCCAUUUACUACCAGAAGAUGCAGAAGCUCGACCACAUGAAGCUGUUGCUAGUUUGCCAGGAGUUUCUGAGGGAAGCAGGCGAGUACUAGCAAUAGUAACCAGCAGACCACAACCAAGAAUACGACUCCCCGGUCACAUUAAUCAUUCCAUUCAACGAACACCUCCAACACCAUAUGAACUUACGCGAUCACUCCUACAAAAUACAGUAUCCAGUUCCAGUUCCAGUUCUGAUGAUGAAGAAGAUGAUGAUGAUGUUGCAGACCAACAACCCCAGAGGAAUACUCGUGAAAGUCGAAUGCGUCGAAUUAGGAGAAUUGUAAAUGAGCAUGAAAGUUCUACAACUGAUAGGAGCACAGAAGAGGAUAACUGACUGUUCGAAUUUUUUUUUGUGUUCAUACUGUUAGCAUAGUUUCAUGUAACUUCUCUUUUUGUAACAUGUAUUCUUCAUUCUUCAAUUAAACGUUUCCAAAACAAA